AUGGUGGACAUCGAACGUCCAGCGUCAACGCCAGCGCCAGCGCCUGUGUCGACCCCCGACAACGAAACCGCCAUUGUCGAGGCCGGUCUGAACGACGCGCCGCCUGUCGCUUCUCCUGCCGACUCAGAGAAGACCGUCAUUGCUCGCGCGCCCCCGCGUCUGCGUAAGAUGGUAGCGCGGCCCGGUACAGGAGCUGCAGUCUUCUCCACCGACGGCGGCCGUCUACCGCGACGCUACCCUCCAAUUCCACCCCCACCGGUAAUGGUCCGCAGCGACAAGUUCCAGGGUGUCAUCGAUUUUGCCAACUACUGGCGCAAGAGGUGUCCGGACUUGUACCCUUGCUUCUUCCCGAACUGCGGAUGGGGCAUCAAUGAUCUUUGGGACGACGCUGAUAUUCAUGUCGAAUCACCUAGCUUCCUUGAAGAAGUCCUUCACUUCAUUCUCCGCGAUAAUGCAGCGGGAGCAACGAACUUUGCCAUGGCAUGGUGUCAGCGAAACCACGACAAGAUGGACAAGCUAGCGAGUGAUAUCAGGCACAUAGGCUACGCCAAGGACCAAUAUUCUAUCAUCGACGAGUUCUUCACCGAAGGCGAGCAGGACGAGUGCCCGUGCCAAUUCCUGUUUCAUGCUUUAUGCGUCUUGCGGAGAGGCUCUGCUGGACUGCCGAGCAAAGCUGAGUCGUGGUCUCCCACGGUCAAUGAGCAUGCUGUAGUUACGGAGCUCAAGCAGCAGCAGCUGGGCUCCGUCAGGCCGCAAUCGGCGUUUGCUGGCUCGCCAUUCGCAGCACCUGGGUUCAUUUCGUCUGCACCGAGUGGUCCACAAGUGCGGCAACCGUCCUUCUCUCUCUCACAGCCACAUAGAGCUUUCCUCCCCGAAGAUAACGCCGUCUCCAUGGGCCAUCAUGUCGCUAUGAUGCCAGGGCACAUUGUUGGGCAACCUCGCCUCGCGCACAGGCUUGAUAGAUCAGGGUCCAACCCUUAUGCUCAAACACCACAGAUGCACGGCUAUGGUGAAAACGUCCCGUAUCAGCAGUAUGGUCCCAAUGCGGCUGAUUCACGUGUUGGGCCAUUUGUAGACGUGGCAAAUAAUAUUCAAUACGCACCAGUUCGUGGCGCCGAUGCACGCGGAAUGCAGCGACGCAGCAGUCAGUCCAUUAAGCCGUCUGGGCUUUUCAAUCCAUAUGGUGCAGAGCGGCCCGAUAAGGCCGGAUUCGCGGCGACGGGCGCUCGGAAAGGAGGGCGUGGUAAUUAUUCGAGCAACGUGGGUCGAAGCCGCAAGUAUUCAGCAGGAACGUUCGACCGGUCUCUUUACGGCGCUUACCCUUCAGACCUUCCCGAGAAUGCUAUGAGGUAUGGCAGUGGUCAGUUCGGUGAGGGUCCACAGGCACGAAACUUCAGCAGCAACUACACCUUCGAGGCCGAUCCGAAAAUAACCAACGACGAGAAGUUUGGCUGUGAUUACAAUUUCAUUGGUCCGAAGAACAAUACCGUUCGCCAGCUCUACGUUAAGAACCUGCCUGGCGAUGUCCAAGAUAAUGAGCUCCGGACCCUUUUCCAAGAAUGUGCGGGUGUUAGGCCAGCAAAAUUGGAGAUCAAAUAUGGCGACCACAAAGACUUCAUUCAUGCUUUUGCCAUCUUCGAUAAUACAGAUGAUGCAAGGAAAGCAUUGAAUACCAAGAAUCUGAAGUUAAGGGAUCAAGGAUUGCACAUCAGUGUGGCGCGGCGUUACUUUCAAGUCGGUGCGUCUUCGCAACAAUAUCCCCGUGGAGGGUUUCAAGAGUCACGUCGCCCUGGAAACGGUGAUGGCAUGCCAUCAGUAAAGACGAUCCAGUAUUCACCUCAGGAUGCUAGGAGCGACCUGCACCGUGUGAACAAGCAACAGCAGCCUGACCCUCCGGCGACACGCGGAAGCCCUGAAGCGCAAAAGACCAAGAAGAAGAUUCAUACCGGACGCGAAGAUCAGCAGACCGGGGUCACGGAGGGCGCUUCCGCGAGUGCACCCUCGAUUACCAAGGCUGUUGGCAGCACGAAACGGGAUGAGGCCUUGACACAAGGUCUAAAUACCGCAGAUACCGCAGUCAUUCUCACUACCGAGACUGUUGAAGAGAGUCCGGACGGUGUUGCACAAGAAGCACCUCUCAAAGGGGUCACUACGGAGGCCGUCGCAGAGGAAGAUGUUACAGAAGCAUUUGAAGUUCAUGAAACCCCUAGUGUGCAACUAGCCCCCGCGAGCAUAUCUGAUUCAAUACCGGCCGAUUCACAAGGCCCUCUGCUGAGCGCACCUACUGAAGUGGCCCUGCCUCGAGUUGAGCAAGCGCAAGAGGUCUUGCAAGUAGAGCCGACUGUCGCGAAAUCUGCUGCUGAGGACUCGCAGGUUCAUGAUCUUGCUGCGGUCCCCCAGGCACAAGACGAGACUCCCUCCGAUGAUGAUCAGAAAAAUGACCUCAGUUUUCACUCCGCCCAAGAAUCACAGCCAGACGGCGAUGUUGAAGCUCAGAAAGAUCCAGGUCCGAGCGCCAUCACUACCGAGGAAGAGGUAGCUGCUAGGGUAGCUUUAAAGGACGCUCAACCCACAGUCGAGCACCAUGAGGCUACCCAACUCCCUGACGAAGAUGAGGUGGUCAAUCGGAGUGCUGCCAUGCUUCUGGGGCCGCACAACAAAGAUGUAGCAGUAACUUCGGGGGCAUUUCAAGCUGAUACCGGGAAGAAGCAGGGUGUCAAGCAGAUCGAAUCGCUCAACCCGUACUCAAAAUCCAGCAGAGCUCAGCAAAAAAAGGAAAAGGUGGCCAAGAAAAAGGAGAAGUCAAAAGACAAGAAGAAGAGCAGGGCCGAGACAACAGGCAAGCCAGAGCCUCAGGUCGAAGGCAAGGUGAAGGAAAAGGGAGGCGCGCAGAAUAACGACGUCAAUAAAGAUUGUCCCUCGCAGAGUGAGCAGAGUGAGCAGAGUGAGCAGAGCGAUAAGCCUUCAGGUAAGCACUCGCGUCGCGCGAGUUUUGUUGCGCCAACUCAGAACUUGAAAGCUCAACAGUCUGUGCUGGUUCAGGGAACCGAAAAGGUUAUAUUGGAUCAUGUCGCAAGUCCUCCGGCUGUGCAGUCUCAUGAGAAAAUUCAGACAGAUACGAAUCUUGCCGCAACGAUCGCAGCCCAGCCUACCCAGUCUGCUGCGUCACAUAGCGACCAAAAACAAACCAAGGAACCGGAAAGGAAGCUUAAGAUAGUCCCUCAGCAGAUUGCUGUCCCUAAGUUGGAGCAUCUAAAUCGAAAGUCGCCGCCUACGAGCGCUUCCACACCCCCUCACACGGCUUUCUUCUCGGUGAACUCACCUACAUCCGGGAAAGCCCAUGCAGCAGGAGCGUCCAGUGAACCGCCUCGAUGCGAACAGGAAGUUGAAGCCCCGUCCGAAAUCGCUGCGCCACAAGAUUCGGCCUCUAUUGCCAGCUCUACCACGCUUCGUGGACCUAGUCCUCCACUAAUGUCGCUUAGUCCGAUUGCGAAGGAGUUCCAUACGCCCUUACAGACGCCAGCGGCCCUGAGCAUGGGGCUUGCAGAAGCUGCCAAGAAGAACAAAAAAAAGAAGAAGAGCAAAAAGAAACCGGGCAAUAUGGAAGGCACACACUCAGGACAAGACGAACCCUUCCAUGACCAGCUCAGUCAAAUCGCAAACACGCAAACUGGGUACUAUGCGCUUCGUGGGACCGAACUUCCGGCGCAGGAGGUGUUAGAGCGGAGGGAGGACAAGGGACCCAAAGGCCUCAUCCGACAAGUCCAAGCAUAUGUGAAAGAGAAAGCGUCCAGCUACGCUCGCGUGCCCGAAAGCACUUGGAGCAAAGACAACCGAAAGGAAGUUGAGAGAAUGACGCCUGAGGAGAGUGAGCACAUCGUGAAUGGGCUCGGGGUACCAGUAAGCAGAGGGAUGAAGUAUUACGCUCAAAAAUGUGUACGACCUGGAGCGGUCCAGCCUGAGAGAGCGGGCAAUGUGCCUCACUUUGGUGAGUGA